ACAUGUAAGUACAAAAGCUCCAGCCUCAGCCCCCUGUUCUGCCCCUGACCUCAGGACCACAGCAGCAGCAUGGACCUUCUCACCAAAACCCUCCUGGUGUGUCUGGCACUGGGUCUCACCACUGCUGCUCCUGCACCUUCAGACGAUGCAGCUGCCGACGCAGAGAAAGGUGUGGCUGAACGCCCAGAUCGAUGUGAAGGUGUUGAGUUUGACGCCAUAACUCUUGAUGAGAACGGAACAACGCACUUCUUCAAAGGUGACUAUGUGUGGAAGGGUUACCAUGGCGAAGCUCAGCUUACCAGCAAGGUCUUCAGGGACAUGAACGGUCAUGUGGACGCUGCCUUCCGUAUGCACCACUCUGACAACCCUGACCUUCACGACCACGUCUUCUUCUUCCAGGACGACAAAGUCUUCAUCUAUGACAACCACACCCUGGAGGAUGGUUAUCCAAAGACCAUCCAGGAGGUGUUUCCUGGAGUUCCAGACCACCUGGAUGCUGCUGUAGAGUGUCCUAAAGGAGAAUGUAACACCGACUUCAUUCUCUUCUUUAAAGAUCACGAGGUGUACUUCUUUGAUCUUAGCACUAAGACAGUAAAGAACAAGACCUGGACCCACCUUCCAGUCUGCACCUCUGUUCUACGCUGGUUGGAACAUUACUACUGUUUCCAUGGAAACAACUUCACCAGAUUCAACCCCGUCUCAGGUCUGGUGGAGGAAGGUUACCCCAAAGACGCCCGAAACUACUUCAUGAAGUGCCCCAACUUUGGUCACGGUGGAAAGUACUCGGUCCCUAAAUGCAGCGAGGUUAAAUUAGAUGCUGUUACCAUGGAUGAUGCCGGGAAGAAGUAUUUCUUUGCAGGUCGAGUCUACAUGCGUCUGGACACCAGUCGUGAUGGUCUACAUGGCUUCCCUAUCGCCAGGUCAUGGAAGGAGGUGGCUAACGGUGUGGACGCCGUCUUCUCCUACACGGACAAACUCUACAUGAUCAAGGACAAUCAAGUCUACAUCUAUAAAGGAAGAGCUCACUACACCCUGAUUGAAGGUUACCCCAAAACUCUGAAGGAGGAGCUGGGGAUCGAAGGUUCUGUGGAUGCUGCUUUUGUUUGUCCUGGCCAAGACAGUGUCUUCAUUAUUCAAGGAAGAAAUAUGCUGAGAAUCGACCUGACAGCUACACCCAGGGUGGUGAACGAGGACUUCCCUCUACCUUUGUUUGAGCUUGAUGCUGGCUUUUGUGGUCCGAAUGGAAUCAAUGUUUUUAAAGGUUCACAUUAUUAUGAGUACAAGAGCCCCAUGCUGUUCGCCUUGAGCAAAAUGGUUCCUCGUCCGCUGGAUAUCACCCCAGAAAUGAUGGGCUGUGAGGCCUAGGCGUCAGAAGUCAGUCUGACUACUGGGAACACAGGAAUUCCAUCUGUUCAAAUUGUUAAAAAUGUUUUAUAAAAUGUCUUCAGUUGAUGCUGAGUGCAGUCUAUGUUGCACGGUGAAUAAAAUGUUUUUAAAAAGAAA